AUUGUGAAUAGGACAAAAAUAAUAAAUAAGAUGUCAUCAAUUUUUAGGAGUGAAACGUGCCGCAACAAUUUUAAAUUAUUGCAUGUUGAUGGUCUGCACUCAUUCGCCUUAUCUCCGAAAGCCCGUAUCAACCCUCUCGAUACCUUCGAUGAAAACUGGCCUUGGGAAUCGAGAGACUAAUAGAGAAGCUGCAUGCAACGAAGAAGCGGGUUUAGCCCUUGUUGAUGUUCGAUCAGAAUAUCCCAGGUACAUGGAGGAGCGCGGCCUAGGAGGUGGCACCUACAAAGCUUCAGGAGACAAAAAUGACAAGAACCAAAAACCAAAUGUCGGUUACCGAUUGGGACGUAGAAAAGCACUUUUCGAAAAGAGAAAGCGCAUCAGUGACUAUGCCCUCGUGAUGGGAAUGUUUGGCAUUAUUGUUAUGGUUAUUGAGAAUGAGCUGAGUAGUGCUGGUGUCUAUGGCAAAGAUGAAUUUUAUUCAACUGCAUUAAAAACGCUGAUAUCUGUAUCGACUGUGAUCUUACUGGGACUUAUAGUAGCUUAUCAUGCUUUAGAAGUGCAGUUAUUCAUGAUUGAUAAUUGUGCAGAUGAUUGGCGUAUAGCAAUGACAUGGCAACGAAUAUUACAGAUAGGAAUAGAAUUAGUUAUAUGUGCAAUACAUCCCAUUCCAGGUGACUACAAAUUUACAUGGACAACAAAAUUAGCUAAUAAAAAUAAGGAGAUAGGUGUGGCGAUUGUACCACUCGAUGUGGCACUAUCAUUGCCAAUGUUUCUUCGUUUGUACCUGAUUUGUCGUGUUAUGCUGCUACAUUCGAAACUUUUUACCGAUGCUUCAUCGCGUAGUAUAGGAGCAUUAAAUCGAAUUAAUUUUAAUACUAGAUUUGUUUUAAAAACAUUAAUGACAAUAUGCCCCGGCACGGUAUUAUUAGUAUUUAUGGUUUCGUUGUGGAUAAUUGCAUCAUGGACUCUGCGACAAUGUGAACGGUUUCACGAUGACGAACAUGCAAAUUUAUUGAACUCAAUGUGGCUGAUUGCGAUCACAUUUUUAAGUGUAGGUUUUGGCGAUAUUGUGCCUAACACUUAUUGUGGUCGAGGCAUUGCCGUUAGUACUGGCAUAAUGGGCGCCGGUUGUACGGCAUUGCUUGUAGCUGUUGUAUCACGAAAAUUGGAAUUAACGCGUGCUGAAAAACACGUUCACAACUUUAUGAUGGACACUCAGCUAACAAAACGAUUGAAAAAUGCUGCAGCAAAUGUACUCCGAGAAACGUGGUUAAUUUAUAAGCAUACAAGACUCGUGAAACGCGUUAAUCCAGGCCGAGUGAGAACUCAUCAAAGGAAAUUUCUACUUGCAAUUUAUGCAUUGCGGAAAGUCAAGAUGGAUCAACGGAAAUUAAUGGAUAAUGCGAACACAAUAACUGACAUGGCAAAGACAUCAAAUACAGUUUACGAAAUUGUUUCGGAUAUGUCAUCACGUCAGGAUGCUUUAGAGGAAAGAUUAUCCGGUCUUGAAGAUAAAUUGCAAUCAUUACAAGAUCAACUAGAAACACUGCCUGAAAUUCUCACACGAUGCCUUGCUCAGCAUCAAGAGCGAGUAGAACAACGACGCAAUUUUCUUCAUCCCGAUAUGGCCAAUGCAAAUUCAACACCUGGUGUGAUUCAGAAUCCAGGAACGCCUUUGCCGCAACCACCACAGACAUUAGGUUCGCCUUUAAUACUUCCACAUUCUAGCAACAAAAAUCCUCCCAUAGAAUAUGAGUCCAACAACCAAGAAUCAACGCAUCAUCAUCAUCGUGAUAUGGAUUAAAUAAUAAGAGAAAUAAAAAUAUUUCUACCCGAUACAAAAAUAUUGUGACAAAAAACUUAACAUUUUGUUAUUCAAGAAUAAGAAAAAAAAUGGAAUUUUCUUUUAUCGCGUUGAGAAUUCAAUAUUUAAAUAAUGCAAGCAUAUAAUGUACAUAACUUGAUGAUUCUGUUUUGACUGCUUGAUGUGAAAUUGCAUGCAAAGCAAACAAAUUUUUAAUUUAAAAAAAUGGAGUUGAUGUCAUUCGAUGAUGAUGCUCAGCUUAUGGAACCAACUCAUCCAAGUUACUACCUAACAUUCUUCCACUACUUGUAGUAACCAUGAAUGUUUUUUUAAUAUGCUUUUGUAAAUAAUAAUUUUUGAAUCGCUAGCC